AUGAAUUGGAUAGGGUUGUAUGGACUUCUUCUUCUACUACUACUCUUCAAAAAUGGAGCAUCACAAGCAAUAAUCAAGACUCUUCCGGGUUAUGAGGGUACUCUUCCAUUCAAACUCGAAACUGGAUACAUCGGUGUGGGAGACAAUGAUGAAGUGCAACUAUUCUACUAUUUCAUUGAGUCCGAAAACAAUUAUAAAACGGACCCUCUUGUGCUCUGGAUGAUGGGUGGACCUGGUUGCUCUGGUUUAUUUAAUAUAUUUUUUGAUAUUGGUCCGCUUACUUUUGAUGUUGAAAAUUUUGAUGGAAGCUUACCAUCUAUUCUCCUAAAUCCAAAUUCAUGGACCAAGGUUGCCAAUAUUAUAUUCAUCGAUGCACCUGUUGGUACCGGAUUUUCAUAUGCAAACAAUUCACAAGGUUACUCUUCCUCGGACACAAAAUCAGCAAAAGAUAUUUACACAUUUCUUAGGAAGUGGUUAUUGAAUCAUCCUAUGUUUAUCAAAAAUCGCCUAUAUGUUGCGGGUGAAUCCUAUGCAGGCAAACUUACUCCAAUGGUUUCAAUGGAAAUACUACAAGGAAACGAAGCACGACUUCAGCCACAAAUGUCCUUCCAAGGAUACAUUAUUGGCAAUGGACUAACGGAUACAAACAUUGAUUUUAAUGCACGAAUCCCAUAUGCUCAUCGCAUGGCACUUAUAUCUGAUGAAUAUUAUGAGUCAGCAAAAAUUAGUUGUGAUGAGAAAUAUUACAAUCGUGAUCCAAAUAAUGUGCAAUGUGCAAAUGCCCUUCAACGGAUCCAAGAGUGUUUAAGUAAUAUAAACCAAGUUCGAAUUCUGGAUGAAAACUGUGGAGGCACAGCAACAAAACUAGAUGAAUAUUUUCGAUGGCAUCAUACAUUUCGAGGAGACAAUUCAAUUGACAAUCUCCUCCUCCCAACAGCAAAACAAGAGUGUCAAAACAUUUUUGAUGUAUCUGAUUAUUGGGGAAAUGAUCCGGCUGUUCAAGAAGCUCUCUAUAUUAGAAAAGGAAUGAUAACAAGGUGGGAAACAUGCAGUGUUGGAAUAUCCUAUGAAGAGAAUGUAGAUGGUGCUCUUGAAUAUCAUAAAAUUUUGAUCAAGAAAGGAUACGAUGCUUUGGUAUACAACGCUGACCAGGACAUGGCUGCACCAUAUAUGGGUCCUUUAACAUGGUUUCGUAUUCUCAAUUUGACUAUUGAUGAUAACUGGAAACCUUGGCUUGUUAAUGGCCAAGUCGCGGGAUACACACAGAGGUACAAGAAGAAUGACUUCCGUCUCACAUUUGUAACAAUCAAGGGUGCAGGACAUAUAGCAUCAUGGUUAGUGCUUUCCGCUUGA